UCCUCCUCCUCCUCUUCCUUCUUUGUUUAAUAUUGGUCUAUCUGUGUAUAUCUUACAACUCGAAGACAUCGUAUCCUUCCUUUGUUUCCUUGGGGUAGGUUUGGGUUGAUCACAAACUACGUCUCUUUGCACAUUUGGAAGAGGUUUACAUCACCUCCUUGACUGUAAUGAGUAACAGCAUCGAGGAUGAUUCAUUUUCUAAGCCUGUUGGAAGAUGGUCUGUUUACUGUUAUGGUGUUGGUCACAUGCUAAAUGACAUCACUUCUGCUUGUUGGUUUACUUAUCUUCUGUUGUUCUUAACAGAGAUAGGGCUCUCCUCUAGGGAUGCUGCCAUUGUCAUGCUUUCCGGACAGAUAGCGGAUGGUUUAGCCACCAUAUGUUUUGGUGAACUGAUCGACAGGUUUGGACAUUUCAAAAUAUGGCAUGGUGCAGGAUCUAUCUUGGUUGCUGUUUCAUUUUCUUCAGUUUUUGGUGGUUGUUUACCUUGUAAAGUCUUUUCUUCUUUUACGUCAAUGGUGGAGACCGUUUCAUAUAGUACGUUUGCCGCAGUUUUUAAUAUCGGCUGGGCUGCUACUCAAGUUUCGCACAUGUCCAUGGUGAGUUGCAUCACUCUGAAUUCAACGAGCAGAGUAGUGCUUGCAAGUUGUCGGAAUGCCUUUACAAUGGUUGCAAAUCUCAGCCUAUACGGAAUUGCUUUUAUAAUAUUCGAAGUCAUCAAAGCAAAAACACCUACAGAUAUUGAAAAUCAGUAUCGUUGGAUUGCAUACCUAUCAAUAUUCAUUGGAUGUUGCUUUGUGGUCAUAUUUCAUCUCGGAACAAAUGAACCGAGUUCAAAGACGGGUAUACAUGGAAAUAUUGUUGCUAGGAUUUCAUGGACCUACUGGUUUUUGAAAAUUCUAUACUAUCAAGUUGCUCUUGUUUAUACGCUUACGAGACUAGCACUUAAUGUUUCACAGGCAUAUCUUGCAUUCUAUGUAAUUGAUGAUUUGCGCAUGGUGCAGUCCUCCGCUAAAGCUUUGGUUCCUGCCAUUAUCUAUAUUUCCAGCUUCACAGUAUCUCUUCUUCUUCAGGAGAUCGCAUGGAAUGAAAAACGCCUGAAAGCUUAUUAUACUGCUGGAGGAAUUCUUUGGAUCUUUUGCGGCAUAGCGAUUGUCCUCUUACCACAAAGCAUGAGUCUUUUCGUGUAUGCCAUAUCGAUAUUUAUUGGAAUAGCAAACGCAUUAGUGACGGUGACCGCAGUGAGCAUGCAGAAUAUACUAAUCGGUCAAGAUCUUAAUGGUUGUGCAUUCGUGUGCGGAUCAUUGAGCUUCUUGGAUAAAAUGUCAUGUGGACUCACCCUAUUUGUUCUUCAAUCCUAUCAUAGUAGCUCACCGAUGGUCGCCGGAAACAUUGCAAGCGGUCACAUCUCGAUCACUAGAUACGGUUUAGGACUCGUACCGGCGUUUUGUUCACUUGUCGGAAUAGCUGUUACUUGGACCAUGGAACUACGUUACCCAUUGUAUAAACCACUGGUGGAAACCCUACUGGAAUGACAUAAAAUGUCUAUAAUACCAACAUGUCAUCAGUAGCGAUGGAGAUGAUCAACAAUUUAGUGACGCCAACUAUCACGUUGAACACUAACAUGCAACGUGCAUCGAUUCUUGUAUUGAUUUUAAUUAUCUAUUUAAUACCACGUAUUUGUUCUUAAUGUAUU